UUCAACUGAAACGCUCUCCAUACAAUUUCUAUGGCAAUGUCAAUCUCUUCUUCGAGAUCCCACUUGAAUAAUGAAACCAAAACCAAAAAUUUUGAAUUACUCGAGAGAGAAAUUGGAAACCAAGGCUUGAAAAAACAAAUUCUCAAACGUGGAACUUCAUGGCAGACUCCAUUUCCAGGGGACGAAGUAGAAGUUCAUUUCAGUGGACACGUUGAGGGCGGGGCAUGUUUGGAUUCGAGUCGUGAUAAAGAAACUCCCUUUCGUUUCAAAUUAGGCCAAGAUGAAGUUAUUAAAGGAUGGGAUGAGGGAGUUGCAACUAUGAAGAAGGGUGAAAGAGCAAUCUUCAUAAUACCGCCAAGCUUAGCCUAUGGGGAAGCCGGUUCUCCACCACUUAUUCCUCCCAAUUCAACAAUGGUGUUUGAUAUUGAGCUGCUAUCUUGGAGCACUAUCAGAGACAUAACGGGCGAUGGUGGAAUAUUGAAGAAAAUUAUCAAGGAGGGUGAGGGAUGGGCUACUCCCAGAGACAAUGAUGAAGUUUUCGUUAAGUAUGAGGCUUGGCUCGAGAAUGGAACACUUGUCUCUGAAUCUAAGGAAGGUGUGGGGUUUCGCAUAAGUGAUGGUUAUUUGUGUCCUGCAAUAAGCAAGGCAGUGAAGACAAUGAGAAAGGGUGAGAAAGCAGAACUCGCAGUAAAGUUCUCUUAUGGCUGCACAGAAGAUGGAUAUGGGACUUCAUCCAGCUCUAAUUUGACCAUUCAACUUGAGCUCUUAUGGUGGAAAAGUAUCAUUAAUGUCACGGGAGAUGGAAAAGUCUUCAAAAAGAUAAUAAAAGCUGGUGAAGGUUUUGACCGCCCCAGUGAAGGAUCCUUGGUGAAAGUGAAAUACAUUGCCAGACUUGAAGAUGGAACAAUUUUUGAGAGGAAGGGAUCUGAAGAGGAACCUUUUGAGUUCUUAACUCUAGAAGAGAACAUAAACGAGGGCUUAGAUAGAGCGAUUAUGACCAUGAAAAAGGGAGAACAAGCCAUGGUGACUGUUGGCGGAGAGUAUUUGAGCAGCCAUGAAGUUUCAGAAGUUGUCUCUGCAAAUUCAGUACUAUAUUAUGAAGUACAGCUGAUUGAUUUCACUAAGGAUAAGCCAUUUUGGAAAAUGGAUACUCAGGAAAAAAUUGAAGCUUGUGAAAGGAAGAAGCAUGAUGGAAAUUUGCUGUUUAGGGCUGGGAAAUAUUGGCGUGCCUCCAAGAAAUAUGAGAAGGCUGCAAAGUUUAUCGAGUUUGAUCACUCUUUCACCGACGAUGAGAAGCAUAUAGCAAACGCAUUGCGGCUAUCAUGUUAUUUAAACAAUGCAGCUUGUAAACUGAAACUGGAAGAGCACUCUGAAGCUUCAAGACUCUGCACAAAGGUCAUAGAACUCGAUCCAUCAAAUGUGAAAGCACUCUUUCGAAGGUCUCAAGCUUACAUGAAAACAUCAGAACUAGAAAAGGCUGAGGCUGAUAUGAAAAGAGCUCUAGCCAUCGACCCCGAUAACAGAGAUGUGAAACUUGGUUACAAGGAGCUAAAAGAAAAACAAAGAGAAUAUGCUAAAUACCAAGCUGAGAUUUUCAGUACCAUGGUUUCGAAGAUGGGUUAAUUACAAGUCCGAUCGUAUUAAAUUUUCUCAACCAGAGUGAGUCAAAGCUUGUACUUGUUUUGUUAAUGAUACACACCAAUUUGUUAAAAUUCAGUAUGUAACAUGAGACAUUACAGUGCAACUUUUCAUUGGAUAUUUAUGCUAAAUGCUGUGGACAACAAGCCCAAACAAAUAACAACUAUAAUAAUAGUAAACAAUUU